AUGGAACCGAAAAUUAAAGUCUAUCGCGGACAGGUUAUGCAGAAAGACGAAUUUAAGAAGUUGUUCGAACGAAGUAAACUGAUGUUUAAAAGUGAUCGAAUUGUAAUAGAUAGUCUGUUUUCAACAUCCCUCAACGCUGAAACGCCGCGUCACUUUAUUCGACAAUCCAUUGUUUCUGAAUAUCUACAGAAAGUUGUAUUUCAAAUUGACAUCGACGUACGUCAUCAGACGCGUCCAUUUGCCAAUGUCUCAUCCCUGAGCGCUUUUCCUAAGGAAGAUGAAAUUCUAUUUAUGGUUGGUGCAUCAUUUGAUAUGGAAAAAGGUGAUAUAUGGUAUGAUGAAAAUGAAAAAUUUUGGAUAAGCAAACUCUUUUUAAGACGUGAUAAUCUGUUGAAAGAUGAUCGAGACUUUGAAUAUACGACCAUGAGUAAGAGAAGAUGUUUGAAGAACUGUGUCAGUGCACUACCAUAUGACCUAUAUAAUGCGUCAGUUGAAGAUAUAAACAUUCUUUUUGAUACGCUGAUCAACGAUUUAUUUCCAUCGGAAAAAUUUAUUCUGGGCGCUAAAUUCUAUUGUCUAGGUUAUCAUUACGCAAGUUAUGCAAAAAAAGAUUAG